AAGCGGAUCUAUGGCAAUUCGGGGUGCAUCUUCUGAUUCGCGAGUUCAGAUCAAAUAAGGAAAGCUGGAUCGGCUGGUCCUUCCGUUGGGUGGAUUCGGUGGAUCGACGGGUUUAUGGUUCUCAUGGUGGAUUUCUGUGGUUUCUCGUACGAUGUGUGUGUUGACUAUGAGCUGUCGCGUGAUUCACGGUUCAGCGAUCUGUGGAGAGUAUCUGCGAAGAUUUUUAUAACAACACAGCGGCAAGAUUGGUAUCUUUGGUUUUCUGGAUUUGUACAGAGGUUGUGUGCUGUUGAACGGGCUUUGAUAUUGGCCCUGAUUUCUCUCUGGUUUGAUUCGCUUUGGUGGUUUUUCUUUAUUACGGGGAGAUUGUUUCUCUGCUGGGAUAUGCAGAUACGAGGAUUAAUGGUUAGAUUUGGUGUGAUGAUUUGGCGAAUGGGGUUGGCGGUUGAGUAUAAAUAUGAACCUCGAGUCAGACAGCAACAUCAUCUCAAUUGUGUUCUUCUUUCUUUCUUCGAUUUGUUGCAAUUUGUCUUCUUUUUUUUCGAAACUUCUGUGGUCUUAUUUGUUACCAUGUCUCAAAGUUUGAUGUUGGGUCAGAGUUCGAGUGCGAAAGGGGUGAUUCCUUCAGUCGUGAAGCACAAAGUCAAGGUUCCUUUCUUUGAUAAGGCGCUCAUCGAAGGUUAUGCUAAAACGGUGGUGGGUCGAUGCUUGAAUCCGAGGGCUCAGGAUAUGAAGGCUCUCCUGGUGAUGUUUCCCAGGAUCUGGCACCUUGAGGGCAAGGUGGUAGGUGCAGAUUUGGGAAUGGGGAAGUUUCAGUUCGACUUUGAUGACAAAACUGAUAUGGUGGAGGUUUUGAAGCUGGCUCCAUUUCACUUCGACCAUUGGAUGGCCUCCAUGGUCCGCUGGUGUCCGAAUGUGGACUCGUCCUACCCUUCGAGCUUGACGUUUUGGGUCCGUGUUAUGGGAGUCCCUUUCCAAUUUUGGGCUGCUCCGACCUUCAAGAGUAUUGGUGAAGCCCUGGGGACUGUGCUGGAUGUGGAUAUUGACGGGGGGAGGGUUCAAGUGACGGUCAACGGUCUCAAGUGUCUAAGCUUUGAAACCGAGGUAGAGUUCUUUAAUGGUGAAGAAACUACUGUCUCUCUACGGUAUGAAAGAUUGUUUGGGUAUUGUCGUAAGUGCUUCAGUAUGUGUCAUGAUGAAGAUCAUUGUCCUCUUCUGGAGGAGCCUACUCAAGAACCAACUGUCCUGCCUCGAGAUGAUGCUGAUAGGCGUUAUCAGAGUUAUAAGGGAGCAGUUAAGUCGGAGGGGUACAAAGGUUCUAAGGCUGAUGGGAAGAGGCCUCUCGAGGGGAGGGUCGACAAGGGGUCCAAGGGGAAACCGGUGUUUCCAGUUGGUGGUCCGGUAACAAAACAGCGCCGAUAUCAGACGUAUGAUCAUCGGCAUCUGGGAGAAGCAGCACGGAGGUCUGCUGUUCAUUCGGAGACCAAGGCGGAGGUGACUGUCCCGGUUGGUGAGGAUAUUGCGGGUGACUCUCGUCCUGCUAAGGUGGUCCGCAAGGCUCUGUUCCAGGAUGAGGAUCCAAAGGUUGCUGUCGUUGCUGCAGAAACGGAUGCUUCGGGUGCUUUGGUGAAUGUAGGGGAGUCACAACACGAAGUGCCUGCACCCUCUGUUUCCGUUGGGGAUCUUGUGGUUCCGCUUGGGCAAGAAACAGUUGUGGACCGCUCUCAAGAGUGCUGCCUUGGUUGCGGAUAAUGGUGCCCAGAAACCACAGGAGGUGGAGAAGGGUAUAGCAGGUGGAGCUAAGCCACCAGUUCCGAAAUUCAUUAAAUGAAGAUAUUAAGUUGGAAUUGUCAGGGGCUGGGCAACAAAGCUACUGUUGGAUAUCUCAGGGAUUUAUGGAAGCAGCACAAGCCUGAUUUUUUGUUUUUGUCUGAAACAAGACAACCUUUUUCAAUUUUAGAACCUUUUGUUGGUCAUUUUGGUUAUUCUGCUUUAAAAACUGUAGACCCUAUUGGUUCAAGUGGUGGUUUGGCAUUGUUUUACAAUGACAAUAAAAAUAAUAAUGUUUCUGUUUUA